AUGGCUUCCACAAGUCGAUCUCAAGAUCAAAGAAAUGCUAAUGUUUUACCUGAACCAAGUAUAGGAAACUACAUUGUCAGGCAAGCUAUUGGUAAAGGUUCUUUUGCAACUGUCUACAAAGGAUAUGAUAAGAAAACGCAUAAAAAAGUUGCAAUCAAAUCUGUUUUACGAUCAAAAUUAACCAAAAAGUUAUUGGAGAAUUUAGAAUCUGAAAUUUCAAUUCUGAAGAGCAUUCAACACGAUCAUAUUGUUCAAUUGAUGGAUUGUCAGAAAUCUGAUACUCAUAUACAUUUAAUUAUGGAGUAUUGUUCUAUGGGUGAUUUAUCAAAUUUUAUCAAACGGCGUGGAGAUGUUAACGGUUACACGUUAACAAUAAUUUCACCAAAUGGUUGGCUAGAGGAAUACGUUGUUCUUCAUUUCUUAAAACAAUUAGCAAACGCACUGGAAUUCCUUAGAUCCCAGAAUCUUAUACAUCGUGACAUCAAGCCUCAGAAUCUUCUGCUGUUGCCCCCUUCACCAGAUAAAGAAAAAAGAUCAACAGUCGGUUCACCCGACCUUCCAAUUUUGAAAAUUGCUGAUUUCGGUUUUGCGCGUUCAUUGCCAUCAACAAAUUUAGCAGAGACAUUAUGUGGAUCACCACUAUAUAUGGCUCCAGAAAUAUUGCGAUACGAAAAGUAUGAUGCUAAAGCGGAUUUAUGGAGUGUGGGGGCAGUAUUAUAUGAAAUGUGCGUUGGAAAACAACCAUUUAGAGCUUCAAAUCAUUUCGAAUUGUUAAAGAAGAUUGAGGUUCGAUGUGAUAGAAUUAAAUUUCCUGGAGAUAAAUUGGGAAAUGGAAAAUCAAAUUUAGAUAAAACAUCUAAAACACCAACAAUAAACGAGGAACUUAAAAAUUUAAUAAGACAUUUGUUGAAGCGUAAUCCAGUUGAGAGAAUUUCGUUUGAGGAAUUUUUUAUGCAUCCAUGUAUUGCUGGUGAUCUUGGACCUAGAAUAACCAGAAAUACAUCUUCAAAAGAAAAAUUAGUACAAGUUACAAAAGAUGGAACAGUAAAUUCGGUUAAUUCCAACAACUCUAUGGACAAUGAUAUUUCAAAACGUAGCAUUAGAGAUAGGUCAAUAUCAUCACCAGUACCUGUAUCAAACAAAGAGCAAGCUGGAACUAGUCAUAAUACACGUACUUUUCAAAAUAAUACAAGAAUUAAUUCUAAUCGUAGGGGAUCUGAAACAUCCCCAAAAGAGUUAAAUAAUGGUAAUACAAAUCUUAAACCGUCUCGAGAAAGCGUUAAACAUCCAUCAAUACGAGAUUUACAUCCUAGUGGUGGUACACUUGGAAUAGGCCAACCUCCAGAAUUAACCAAACAAAACGAUAAUAACGAUCUUCAGCCGUCCUAUGAAAAUCCUUCACCGUCACCUUCUUUAUUAGUGCAAAAAUCAGAAGAGACAUCUAAAAGCGUUGAGGAAGAGGUUCAAUUUUUGAGAGAGUAUGUGGUGAUUGAUUCUAAAAAAGUGGAAGUCAAUAAAUUGGCAGACGAACUUAACGAAUCACCUAAAUCUACAGAUCCUCAAUGCCUAAAUACAAAUACUGGCCCUUCACCCCAUAUCCCCUAUUAUACCUAUCCUCCUUUUGCAUUGCCUCCUACUUCUCAUGAGAAAGUUUGUCCUCCAGGUAGCAAUGGACAAUCUGCUCUUGCUAGAGCUUUGUCCACUGUUUCAUUUCGUUUGCUUGGUACGGGAAAUUCUCCACCAAUGAAUGAUAAAUAUUCUAAGCAGAAAGAAAAUAUUACAUUUUCGUCCGAUGGUACACUUGAUCCAGUCGAGGAAGGAGUUGUCAAAGCGAUUGAAGAUUAUGCGUAUAAAGCUCACGUCGUUUAUCAGUUUGCAGAAACAAAAUAUAAUUUGUUAAUGCCACCACCACCUACCGCAAGUAGUGAAUUAGUUGAUACGCGAAGCACUUCCACAAAAAAUGAUGCUUUAUUGGCUCAAGAAGCAGUUGUUUUAUAUUUGAAAUGUCUUUCCUUGCUUCAAAGCGCUAUGGAAAAAGCCAAAGAAUAUUGGGCAAAUAUCGGAAAACAACGCUCCGAAUAUCCAGGUGGUAAACCUGGAGCUUCGUUGAGAUUCAAUAAUGAUGUUCAAUGGGUUCGUACACGAUUUAAUGUAUGCUUGGAAAAAGCAGAGUUUGUUAAAUCAAAAAGUCUAACAGAAGAAACAACAAAGGAUUGUUUUGCUGAGAAACUUCUUUAUGAUAGAGCCUGCGAAAUGAGUCGUCAAGCUGCAGUUAAUGAACUCACUGGACAAGAUUUACCUGGUUGUGAACGUGCAUACCAAUCAGCUAUUUAUAUGUUAAAUGCUAUUUUAGAAAGUACUCCAGAGGAUGGCGAUACUUUGGAUGAUCAAGAUAGACAAAUAGUGAAUAAAUUUAUUGUUUCGAUAACAAAACGACUCAAUUCUCUGAAAAAAAAACCCAAUGUUCCGGUAACUGCUGGUGAUCAAGGAAUUCCUAGCUAG